AUGCCUGUUGAAAGAUCCGAGUAUCUCAGUUCCGUCUGGAAGGAUGGCAUCUUCAAUGGCCGUGUCGCAUUCGUCACGGGAGGUGCUGGCACAAUCUGUAGCGCGCAGACACGCGCCCUGGUCCAUCUCGGUGCGGAUGCUUGCAUCAUCGGACGCAACGUCGAAAAGACAGAUGCAGUAGCCAAGGACCUUGCCACGGCACGAAAGGGCGCCCGGGUCAUUGGCAUCGGCGGAUGCGAUGUGCGGGAUCCCGAGAGCCUCAACAAGGCCGCCGAGCGCUGCGUCAAGGAGCUCGGCGCCAUUGACUUUGUUAUUGCCGGUGCCGCUGGCAACUUUGUGGCCCCCAUCUCGGGCUUGAGCUCCAAGGGCUUCAAGUCGGUCAUGGACAUUGACGUCCUGGGCACCUUCAACACAAUCAAGGCCACCGUACCCUACCUCAUCGAGUCGGCCAAGCGAAACCCUAACCCGAGCAAGGAUGGCUUGACAGGCGGCAGGAUCAUCUUUGUCUCGGCCAGCUUCCACUACACCGGCAUGCCCCUCCAGGCUCACGUGGCCGCCGCCAAGUCAUCAGUAGACUCUCUCAUGGCCUCUGUCAGUCUCGAGUAUGGUCCGUACGGCAUCACCUCCAACGUGAUCUCUCCGGGCGCCAUUGCCGACACUGAGGGCAUGCGCCGACUUUCCGGAGGCAACAAGGGUGAUCAGUGGCAGAUUGCCGCCAGCGUCCCGCUCGCUCGCUGGGGCACGAUUCGCGACAUUGCCGACGCCACCGUCUACCUGUUCUCCGAUACGGGCAACUACGUCAACGGCGAGGUCCUUGUGGUGGAUGGUGCAGCCUGGAGACUGAAGACCGCCUCUGGACCUGGCACAGAUUCCUCUACCCAAUACCCCCAAUUCCUCCUUAACGGUGAGCUUGCAAAGUACGCAAAGGAUGCACGGGAUGGCCGCUCCAAGCUAUAA